AUGGACCCCGUUGAUGAGGAUCGCGUCCGCUACGAGUCCGCCCGCCAUACCGACGAGGCAGAAUACCUAGCCAGCUUGCCUCGAAAACCAGCUUUCGAUGCUGCGUCGGCAUCGUGGAAGUCGUCGCCCGCUGCACUCCCAUCCACAGAGACAUCAGACCCAGGAGCCUCGACAGCAUCUUGGAGCCAAGCCAGCAAGAAAAAGGGUACAGCCUCGACAGUCAAGAAGGCUCCGAAAAGACCCAAGCACGGCAGCGCGAAGAAGGGCAAACGGCCCAGAACGGCAUCAGCCGCCGCGGGGUUGGAUGAAGCGUCUGGCGAGGACGGGUCAGACAAUGGACCGUACUGCAUCUGCCGUGGCCCCGACGACCACCGCUGGAUGAUUUGCUGCGAGAAGUGCGAGGACUGGUUUCACGGAGAAUGUGUCGACAUCAGCAAGGACGUCGGAGAAGGUCUUGUCGAAAAGUUCAUCUGUCCGCGCUGUUCGACGGCUCAUUCGACAACCCUUUACAAGAAGACGUGCGCCCUCGAGGGCUGUCGCAAGCCCGCGCGGUUGACGCAACGUCAAGGUCAGGCCAGCGUGUUUUGCUCCGAUGAGCACGCGCAGACAUGGUGGGAGACGAUGGUUGGCAGGCUGCCAAAGGGCAAGGGCAGGGAAGGAUUCGAUGCCCGACUGACCCAGGAUGAGUUUAUGGCGCUUCUGGCCAGCAACCUCGGCGCUGUGGACGAGACGGGCAUGUGGAAGCUGGCCAGAACGCCAUUUUCCGAUCCAAAGACCAACGGGGAACAUGUCGGCAAAGAGGCCUCACCGGAUCUCUUCAGUGGCGAGGAGAGAAAGUUCCUCGACCGCGCAACCCAGGCUCGCCUCGAGCUGCAAGAGGAGACUCGUCUCUGCCACAAAAUGUUUACGCUCAUCGAUCUCGCCCAGGAGCGGCGCCGUGCCGCCAUCACCGCCGGACGUUUUGGCGAGGACAUGUGCGGCUACGACUCGCGCCUCGACGGCGUUUCGGCGCGAGACGUCUUUUCCGACUUUGCAAAGUCGCCCGAGGGCGAAGAGGUGUUUCGAAGCGCCAGGCUGGCCGAUCCCUUUGGCGAAGACGACCCGGUCCGCGGCAUGUGCGAGCGCAAGCGGUGCAAAGCGCACAGCGGGUGGCAGAGGAUGCUGCCCUUGGGCAUCAAGCACCACAUCAGGGAGAUGGCCGAGGAGGCGGCCGAGCUGGAGGAGGAGGAGAAGAUUGUGCGAGAAGCAGCGGGGGAGAGAUGGAAACGAAGGCAAGCCGAGAACAACUGGGUUGAAGUGCUGGACGGCCGCGACCCCGUGCCAAAGAGCUUCCAAACAGAACAAGCAAAAGCAGCAGCAGCAGCAGCAGCAGCAGCAGCAGCAGCAGCAUCAGCAGACGAGAAGAGCAAAGCAGCACUUGAAAGCUCCAGCUUUUCACGCGACCAGACACUCUCCCUCCCCGCCGUCUUCGCCAUGGCCUCCCAUCACCCCGGCGAGCAAGACGACGUCGACGAGAUGCUCGCGGCCGACGACGCGGCCGAGGAAAUCGAAAUCGGCCACCAGGACGGCCACGCCGGCGCCGACGCCGACGACGACGCCGACGCCGACGUGCCGAUGGACUCGGACGCCGAGGAGGAGCUGGUCCUGCGCAGCGACGCCAUCGCCUACUUUGACCUGCCGCGCGACUCGCUCUUCGCCAUCGCCCAGCACCCCGUGCACGCGAGCCUGGUCGCCGUGGGCGGCUCCGCCGGCCCGGAGGACGACGCCCCCGGCGCGGGAUACCUGCUGGACACGUCGGCCGCGGAGCCGCCGCCCGUCCUGCCGGCCAGCUACGCCAGCGACCCCGCCGCCGCCGCCGCCGCCGCCGCCGCCCGCCGCGCCACCCCGCUGCGCAGCCUGUUCUCGCUCGACGGCCACACCGACUCCAUCAACGCGCUGGCCUGGACGCUCCCGCGCGGCGACUACCUCCUCAGCGGGGGGCUCGACGGCCGCGUCAAGGCCUGGCGGACCCAGCUGCGCCCCGGCGCCGGCGUCGCCGCGGCCCCCCUCGGCGAGGCCCGCGAGGUCGACGAGGUCAACUGGAUUGCGCCGUGCCCGUCGCCCCGCAGCCCCGACACGUUUGCCGUCGGCGCGUCCGACGGCUCCGUCUGGGUCUACGCCGUCGACGCGCCCGGCGCGGCCGGCCCCCUGCGCAUCCUGCAGAGCUACUUCCUGCACACGGGGCCCUGCACCGCCGGCGCCUGGACCCCCGACGGCCGCCUCCUCGCCACCGUGUCGGAAGACGCCAGCCUCUACGUCUGGGACGUCUUUGGCGACAGCAACGGCGGGGCCGUCGUCUCCCUCACCGGCGCCGACCAGCGCUUCCAAGUCCCCGGCGGGCUGUACUCGGUCGCCGUCGACCCAAGGGGCGCCUUUGUCGCCGUCGGAGGCGCCGCCGGCGCCGUCAAGGUCGUUUCCCUGCCCCGGCCGCCCUCGGCGCAGCCACCAUCCCGCGGGGCCAAGCCGUCGUCGUCGUCGUCGUCGGACCCCACAGCCGGCGGUGGGCAGAUCCUCGCCUCCCUGCACACCCAGAGCGACAGCAUAGAGUCGCUCGCCAUCUCGCUCACCUCCUCCGCCCCGCCCACCACCCUCCUUGCCGCCGGCUCCGUCGACGGCUCCAUCUGCGUCUACGACGCCACCCGGCGGUUCGCCGUGCGACGGCACAUCUCCGGCGCCCACGAGGAGCACUCCGUCGUCGAGCUGGACUUUGUCAGCAACUCGUGGCUGCUCACCAGCUGCGGCAUGGACGGCGUCGUCCGCAGAUGGGACCUGAGGAGCGGCGGCGCCACGGGCACCAAUGCCGCCGGCGCGACGGACACGGGCUUGCACAAGGAGUGGAGGGGCCACAGGGGCGAUGGCGAGGGCGGCGGCGUCUUGGGUUUUGUGCAGGGGGGGACUGGCGAGAGGAUUGUCACGGCUGGCGACGACGGCGUGUCGCUGGUGUUCGAGGCCUAG